UGCUUAUAAAUUGUGGCUGAAAAAUAAGCACUUAUCAAAUGGAAGUGAUUCUGAGAAGCUCUGUCGUUUGCAGUUCAGGCAGAAGUCCCACUAAUUUCUCGUCGGAGGUGCUUGUUUCGUAUAAUUUUCCGGUGAAGAAAAGUAGAAUUCGAGUAUGCUGUUCUCUAUUAGGUAAAGAACAGAAAAUCGUAAAUGGCUUUUCAGCUCAUUCACGAGGUAGGAGAAACGGAUACAAAAAUAUUAUCCACUCACUUUGGUGCCUCGACAAGAGAUUUGUUUUGCAUUUUGGUGGAUUCGUGCUGAAGCCUGAUUGCGUUUCGGGGCUUAGGAAAUUCGAGAAAGCACUACGUGCGGAAAAGUUCAGCAACUUUUUUCCUUCGUUUUCUCUCCGUGUUAUUGUCGGAGUGAUGAUUGUGAUGACACUGAGUGCAGCUGUCACUAAAAGUCCUUCGUGGGCACUUACCGAAGAAAACCUUCUGUUCUUGGAGGCAUGGAGAACACUCGACCGUGCUUAUAUUGAUAAAACUUUCAAUGGGCAGAGUUGGUUUAGGUAUAGAGAAAAUGCGCUCCGCAGUGAACCGAUGAACACGAGAGAAGAGACUUAUGCGGCUAUUAGGAAGAUGGUUUCUACUCUGGAUGACCCUUUCACUCGGUUUUUGGAGCCCCAAAGAUUUAAGAGUCUUCGGUCGGGAACACGAAGUUCUCUUACUGGAGUAGGGAUUUCGAUUGGAUACCCUACAGCAAAAGAUAAAUCAGCCUCCGGUUUGGUGGUUAUUUCAGCUGCUCCAGGUGGCCCAGCAAAUAGAGCUGGAGUUUUAUCUGGGGAUUUACUCCUCGCAAUUAAUGAUAAGAGUACAGAAAAUAUGGGAAUAUACGAUGCUGCCGAACGCUUGCAGGGGCCUGAAGGAAGUCCAGUGGAGCUGAUUGUACGACGUGGUACAGAGACAAGACACCUGUCGUUAGUGUACGUGCUUCAUUAUGCUAUCGUAAUCAGGUUGGACAAAGGUGUGAUUGUAUACAUUUGUGAUAGCCGAGGUGUUAGAGAUAUAUACGACACAGAUGGCAGCAAUGCAGCAGCAGCUUCUGAACCCCUAGUGGUGCUGGUGAAUAAAGGAACUGCAAGUGCAAGUGAAAUAUUAGCUGGUGCUCUAAAGGACAACAAGCGUGCUGUCGUAUUGGGAGAACCUACAUAUGGAAAAGGCAAAAUUCAAUCGGUUUUUGAGCUGUCUGAUGGCUCUGGUUUGGCUGUAACCGUUGCUCGUUACGAAACACCUGCCCACACUGAUAUUGACAAGGUUGGCGUAAUCCCAGAUCAUCCCCUUCCGAUUUCGUUUCCGAAAGACGAAGAUAGUUUCUGUGGCUGUCUUCAAGAUCCGGCUUCUGCAUGCUAUCUCAACAGAGUUGCCCUAUUCUCCAGAUGAACAUAUAUAUCAUCAUUAUUUAGACAUUCUUACUAGAUGAGUUGGCCGGUCGGGGUUUAAAUUGGGGUAAGGAACCGAGUUACCGAUUUUUCAGAAAAGAUGGUCAGAAUUCAGAAGUUACAUUCUGUUUGCAUUCUUCUUAAACUACAAUCUUUAUAUGGGAAGAAUAUUCGAUCAACCUUUACCAAGAAAUAGUUCAAAGAUGUUUGAGUUGUUAGCA